GUUUUUGACACGAGUGACAGUUCUAAAAUCAAAACAGUUGUUUAUUGACCAUAAUGACUUUUAUCAGUUAUCAGUUCCAGUUUGUGUAACUUACAGUACUUUCGCACAUUUUCUUUGUAAGGUCAUUUCUGAUAAACACCAAAAUUCUAUGGUAUCUUUUUCCUGGAGAACAAUAAGUUAUUGUUUACGAAAUUUGAUUUGAUAGCGCCUUACCGACGUCAUUAUAAUAUGGCCGACUAGUUCGUAUACGUGCUGCCAGGAAAAUUGCAUUGUUUCGAAUGACAGGUCAAAGAAUUCCCAUUUUUUAGCUUGUGAAGGAACUCCAUGGCCGAUAAUGGCUCUCAGCCGUAAAAGCGGUGGAGACGCCUCAAAAACUUUUCUGGAGAGUCUUCUGAAUGACCUCAAGAAUCUAUCAAUCGAAACCCGAAAGAAAUUUCCUCAAAUUAAGGAGGCUUGUGAAGAAGGCAUAAUCAAACUGCGAAAUGCAACAUCAACUCCUCAAACACCCAUCUACUACACGGUCAACCAAGUGCUUUAUCCGAUCAUCCAAGGCUGUGAGACUAAAGAUCAGCGCAUUGUCAAGAUGUGCUUAAGCACUAUUCAGAGGCUCAUUAUGCAUCAGGCGGUUGACCAAAAAGGCGCACGAUGCAUAACUGACACCUUAUGGACUCUUAUGGAAUCAGGAACCGAAGAGGUUAAAAUUCUUCAAAGUGUCACUUUACUUUUAACCACCAACUCAGUCGUGCAUAGCGAUGUCCUAGCCAAAAAUCUUGUUCUAUGUUUCCGACUUCAUUUCACGAAAGAUUCAACGACAAUCAACACAGCAGGUGCAACAGUUCGGCAGUUAGUCUUCUUGGUUUUUGAGAGAGUCGUUGCCGAGGACAAAGCAAGUGAAUCCAUAAGCGAUGAUGUCAGUCUCCCGGAAGUUAAUCUGGAAGCGCUGAAAGUUCCUAGUAACAUCCCGCCGAAAAGUCUCAGACCCUGUGCUGCAGAUGCCUAUCUAAUGUUUCAGGAUCUUAUUCUAUUAGUAAAUGCAGAUCAACCCUAUUGGCUUGUCGGAAUGACUGAAAUGACUCGAACGUUUGGACUUGAGUUGGUCGAAUCAGUUCUCUCUAAUUUCUCCUCAGUAUUUUUCAAGCAUCCAGAAUUUAGAUUUCUCCUCAAAGAACGUGUCUGUGCUCUGAUAAUAAAACUAUUCUCACCAAACAUCAAGUACCGGAAUUUUGCUCCAACCAGUAUGCAGCAGACCAAUCUCCUGGACAAACCCUAUUUUCCCAUCAGCGUUCGGCUUCUGCGAAUAGUCACUGUUCUUAUCCAGAAGUAUCACAAUCUACUAGUCACGGAAUGUGAAAUUUUUCUCUCUCUGAUAGUGAAAUUCCUAGACCCGGAUAAACCUGUCUGGCAGCGGUGUCUUGCUCUGGAGGCGAUCCACAAGUUAGUCAUCCAACCGGAGCUGCUGUCUUCGUUCUGCGAAUGUUACGAUCUCAAAUCCCACACAACGAAUAUUCUACAGGACAUCGUCAAUGCCCUUGGAGCUUAUGUUCAGUCCCUCUUCAUUAACCCUCAAACAAUAUCCAUCACCAGUAAUACUAAUAACAUACAAGGACAGCCACCAGCAAUGCUUGCAGGAAUGCCUGUGGGCCCUGGAGUCUCACCGCAACCAGGAUUUUUCUCCAAAAGCGUUUGGCUACCCAUCGUUGUCACGUUCCCAAGUGGUCAAGCAAAGUCCACCUACCUAGAAAUGAUGGAUAAAGUGGAGCCCCCAAGUAUUCCAGAUGGUUAUGGGAUUUCGGUGGCAUACGCUUGCCUUCUGGACAUCAUCCGAUCGAUUUCGCUAGCGAUUCACGGUCCGACGCCAGUCAGCGACGGAGAGCCUGUCAACAUUAAGUAUCAAUGUUCGGAGAAAGAGCGGGCUCUUCACUACCAGCUCCUGGAAUCCAGUUGGGGUGGCAUUCUUGCAGCUCUGGCUCCAUUGGUCGAUGCCAGCACUGACGAAGCAGCAACGGAAAAUAUACUGAAAGCCAUUCAAACGUUUGUCAGUUUGUGCGGUCUUUUAAACCUUCUCAUUCCUAGAGAUGCUUUCAUCACCGCAAUUUGCAAAGCCUCCUUACCUCCCCACUACUCUCUUAGCGUUUUAAAUUCAGUUCCUGUUGGUUCAACCGGAUCUCUUCAUGGGCUGUAUCAAGAUAGCAAUUCACAAUUCAACUCAUCCAUGUACGGCAAUGAGCUAGAAUACAAACAGCAAGUUGUCGUUGUCGGCACACCCUUACCAACUUCAUCUUUGCCCGCAGGUGCGCAUCAAGGUCCAGUAAUGCUGACGGCGAAAAAUCUUCAAUGCAUGCGCGCGCUUUUGACGUUGGCGCAUUGUCACGGGAGCGUUCUUGGCUCCGCUUGGCAUCUUGUUCUCAUCACUCUCCAGCACCUAGCAUGGAUUUUGGGCCUGAAGCCAUCGACAGGCGGAAGCUUGAAAAUUGGACGCACAUUCACGGACGCAAAUACUGUGAUAACAACUGCUGUGAUGGCAGAUCUCCCGAUCCUGAAUAAUAUGCUUAGCCAGCUGUUUCAGAGCAGCUCGUGUCUUGACGAAGUCUCUCUACACCACCUCAUCGAUGCUCUCUGUAAACUCUCUCAUGAAGCAAUGGAAUUGGCAUAUUCAAACAGAGAACCUUCUCUCUUUGCAGUCGCCAAACUUUUGGAAACUGGGCUAGUUAAUUUGUCUCGUGUUGAAGUAUUCUGGCGACCGUUGACGAACCAUCUCCUGGAGGUGUGUCAACAUCCGCACAUCAGGAUGCGCGAGUGGGGAGUUGAGGCUGUCACGUAUCUGGUGAAGGGUGCGUUGCCUUAUAAAUACCAGCCACCUUUGAAAGAUAAUCAAAAGCUCCAAACGUUACUGUUAAGUCCGUUGGCUGAGCUCUCAUCCAUAGCCCAUGCUGAUGUACGGCAACGGCAGCUGGAGUGUGUUCUGCAAGUAUUGCACAGUUCUGGGGAAACUCUGUCUCAUGGAUGGCCUCUCGUUCUUAGUAUUAUCGGUGCUGUUUCUAGUCAACAAGGGGAAAACCUUGUGCGAACAGCUUUUCAGUGCCUGCAGCUGGUUGUGACUGACUUCUUACCGUUGAUGCCUUGGCGUUGUCUACCACUCUGUCUAGAGACUACCUCCAUUUUCGGAUCUCAAACUCAAGAAUUAAAUAUUUCUUUAACUGCCAUAGGUCUCAUGUGGAAUAUUUCUGACUACUUUUUCCAAAAUCAAGAGAAGUUAAGUCAGUCGCUGUCGAACGACCCACCUGUGUUUCCUGAUUUUCCUGGUUGUCAAGAUAUGCCUCCGUUCGAUAAAUUGUGGAUGUGCCUAUUCACUCGCCUCGGUAAACUUUGUGUUGAUCCACGCCCUGCCGUACGGAAAUCAGCCGGACAAACCUUAUUUUCCACAAUUUACGCCCACGGUGCUUUACUGAACCAUGCAACAUGGCACUCGGUGUUGUGGCAGGUUUUGUUUCCUCUGCUUGACCAAGUGCGAAAUCUAUCAAAUUCUGCCAGCAGUGAAAAAGUGGACACAGGUGGAAAUAUCCUCAUCCAUCACAGCAGGAAUACGGCGCAAAAGCAGUGGGCGGAAACUCAAGUACUAACUUUAUCCGGUGUGGCCAAAGUGUUCAACACGAAAAUGAACGUUCUAGAAUCAUUAGGCGGCUUUUCCCGAGCAUGGUCUCUCUUAUUAGAAUUUGUCGAAAACGCUGCUGUUAGCAAAAACAAUGAGGUUUCUCUUGCUGCGCUGAGGUCUCUCCAGGAAAUUCUCUACCUGAAUAACUCAGAUGUAACUGACGAGAAAUGUGAAUCAAAUAAUCUAAUGUGGGAUGUUGCAUGGACAAUUUGGCUGUCAAUAGCUGUGCAAACACUAUCGGACCCUGAGUAUCUGCCAACUCAACAGUUUCUCGCAGCGUUAAUACAGAUUUUCCCCGGGAUUUUCCAGCAGAUCCAUUCUAGGUUUUCGAGUUCCGAUUUAGAGAAGCUCUGUGAUAUUUUAGAAAAAGCAGUGACAACCCAUACUUUCAACGAUGUCUCGCCAUUCUCGAUACCACCGUCAGAGACAGCCCUUUCACAGUUGCAAGAGGGCGUUCUCAACGUUAUGCAACUCUUACAAAAAGAGGUUCUCAGUAGUCCAAGUAACAUGGAGAAAAUGAUAUGUCCAGUAUUCAAGCAAUUACUAUCCCUCACGAAGUACGUUUUUCAACCGAUCAAGGCUGAAAAACAGGAAGGAAAACCUCUCAAUCAAAGUGAUCCUGCCUCCAUAAGCUGCGCAACUUUUGGUGAGAAAGCCAUUGCAAUGGUCGUCAACUUAUAUGAACAGACAGCGCACGAAAAACCUGUAAUCAACGGACAAAUUCUUAUGAUGAUUAUUCAGGUUUUCCACGCACCCUUACAGAGGAGGUACGACCGGUCCUACAUCUGUGUAUGGAAGCUCGCAGUGUCAAGUUUGUUACAAGUACUGGCAACAGGAAUACCACUCGCGCGAAAGCAUUAUUCAGAAUUUGAGUCCAUGUGGUCGGAACUGGCAACUGCACUUAACAUUUUGCUUUUCCCUGAAAGCGGCCACCCCUCAGAGUUGACGUCGGACGAAAUCAUCGAGGAUGAGGCAGUCGAUUGCCAGAUUAUAGAUUUACUCAAAGACGAGGUCUUGUCGCAUUCUGUCAGCAUACCAAGGGAAUUCAUUCUUAAAGUUGUGAUAAUUUUAAACAAAGGUUCUAUUUUGUCUGCGCAGCCUAUACCGUCCUUGUCAGGCUCAGGCGCAGAGUCGAAUUUACGGGAAGAAUUCGCCAAGAUGUGCUUCGAAACUCUUCUCCAGUUCUCGCUUCUCGACGGACUGAACGGAGAAGGUCUUGAAGGACUGAAAGGACUCCAGGAUGAAAACGGUCUUGCAGGAAGAUUGGCUGUCACUGCUCUUCUUUUCAGAUUCCAAGAAGUUUUGAAACAAUACGUUCAAGAUGAGAGCCGUAGCGGGAAAUGCCCACUCUCCAGAUACAGGUUGUCAGAAAUAUCGUUUGUCCUCAAGGCCAUAACUACUCUAAUAGUAUCCUUGAAGAAAACUCCUGAAAAAGUCAAUCGCUCUGUAUGGGACCAACUUAUCAGUCUGUAUCCUUUCCUGGUUGACUGCAUGGGAACCAGUUCAGCCCAAGUGUCCGACUCGCUGCGCAACGCUCUUCUACAGUACCAUGAUUUACUCCAGCCACCACUCAGCUCACUAUCCAACGGUAAAUAAGUGCAUUGAAGCUCUUCAAAAAGUAAUACCUGCAUUUAUCCUCACCUUGAAAGAUAUCUAUACACCCUUUGAUAUCAGUUGUUGGUGUAAACCUGCUCAACUCGAUUUCAAACUGUCUUUCUCUAAGAUGUUCUCUCCUACUACGCGUUUGCCCUUUGCCCCUUGAAAUUUUAUGGUGCUCAAAGGACUCUCAGAUGAGCUAAAUCUCCUGUUGGUGGACGAAUAAGGUCUAUCUAGAGUUGCUUUUCUGAUAGUAAUUGCUUCAAGGUUGAGCGUCCAUCAAAAAGGGACUUUAAAAAUCGGAGGCAACUUUCGUUCGAUCACAAAAUCAAAAUGUGAGUUUUGGGCGGAAAUCUGUAGUAUCCUGGAGGGGAAGUUGCUAGCGCUUUAGGUCAGUAUUGUUGUAAUUGUAAAUUACAUUCUGAUCAGACAGUUUUAAGCCCUCAACUUGGCAAAUGAAAGUAGUUUUUUCUAAGAAUCAUGUUUUUAUAGCUCCGAACUUCAAACUAUUAUAACUUUAACUUAAUGCCAGGUUUAUUUAUUUCUUUAUUUUUUUCUGUUCAAAUUAUUGUAAAACGCCCCCCUGAACAGUGCUACCAAUUUUUCAGUUUUGAGUUAAUCAGCAACAAGGCUCCUUUUUCAGUGCACAGUUGAAAUUAUUAUCAUCACAAAUGGACGUAUUUCUUGCUGAUUCAGUAUCGGGAUCAUUUUAGCUCUCUUUAUGAAGAGGGGAAAAAACAUCUCGUGAAAGUUGCCAAAUUGAUUUAAAAAAUCUGAGUGCAAAUUUAGGUUUAGAACCCAUCGUAGAUAUAUUUUUUUGUAAAUUAAGAACUUACAGGUCCAUCGAGACUGGAAAAUGUUGGUCUCGACAAUUUCUCUUGUUUACUUUUGGGAGAUUCUACCUUUGAAAAAAUGCGUUAAAAGUAUGAAUCGAAGCACCCUGUUAUAUACCUAAUCCUUUCAGAAUGAUACAAUGAAAGCAAUACUUUAUAAUGGGAUGUUUGGGAAAUAAAUCCUAAGUAAGUUAUGAACAUGGACACUUAAUGGAAAUGGAACAUAGAUCAUUCAAAUGGGGCCAUUUAUAUCGCUUAGCAUUUAACGAAUGCUAAUUGAAGUGCAUCUUGUGAUAGGGAACCAAUAUUUUCGGCUUAUUUUGGAAACAUCAUACGUUUCCUUAGCUUCCCGAUGCAGAUAGUUGCUUUUUUGGGUGAGCGAGAAAUAGUGGUUCCACUCUUACAAAUAUUUAUCUUCUUUCGGAGUGAAUUUCCAAAGUCUCCGUCGUGUGAAUCUUUUUCUGCUUAAAAUUUUGAAGAGACUUCAUUUAAUGAAUUGCUAUAAUUUGUACCUUGUCAAGUGCCUCUAACUGGAAAAGAAACGAGAGUAAAAUUUUGGAAUUGAGAUCCCCGUUUUUCUAUUUCCAUCAUUGAUCCAUUCCCUGCAACUGAAUUAUCAUGAAUGAGGAGUUUUUCCCUUUUCCCCAUAAAUAAUUUUUUAAGAUUAAAUUAUGUUUAAUUUUUUUAGACUUACUUACAUGAUCCUCAAGUCGUAGUUCUGACAUUUUUCAUUUUUUAAUAGGCACCUGUGCAUGAAACGGCAAUUUUGUAUUUUAUCGUGUACAAAGCUUGAAUUUCUUUGCUCUCAAGUCUGAUUUGUUCUAAACUGUAAACUAAAUCAUGUGAUAUUCUUACAAAGUGUUUUUAUAUGUACAUAUAUGUAUAUUUAUAUUCUAGGGAAGUUGGCAGAUCUUUGCCUCCCCAGAAAAUCUUUAGUUAACAACUCUGCAAUUUCAACGUUUUUUAAUGCCUCAAGGGUUCAGCGUCUUUAAAUCUGAUCUUUUGUAUCAAUGUUUUUUAUUUAUUUUAUUUUUAUUUCAAAUCAGUUCAAAUCCAUCAAUACUUAGAUGCUAGCUAAGAACGAUAUUGAAAAACACAGGCACCUCAGAUGAAAUUCUUGAAAUCAGGAGUUACUAAUGUCACAAUUUUCUGUCUUGUUGGUAAUUUUUCCCUCAAAGGCUUGUAAUAAAUUUGUUUCACAUUAAAAGAA